AUGUCUGCUCCCUCUCGUGCUGUCCUGCGUCAAUCGCAGUUCCUGACUCGCCGCACUGCCGUCAGACACGCUUCCUCCUCCACCGAGAAGGCUACCCAGGCUGCUGCUAAGGCCCAGGAGGGUCUCUCCAAGGUCACUGCUACCGCUGGUCCCGCUAUCUCCAAUGCUGCCUCUGCCCUGCGCAAAGUCGGCGGUCCCGUCGGCAAGGUCGUCUCAUUUGUCGACUUCACGCAUCAAGAGUCAUUGCGACCAUCGGUGCAUGUCAAGAUGAACUCCGAAGCCCUCCUUGGCUACCCUCGAAUUUGCCGAAUCCAUGAUCCCCCCCGACUCUUUACUACUCUAAGGUCGGCAUUGAGCUCGGCAAGCUGGUUUUCCGUGGCCAGAAGAUGUCUCCUCCGUAUCAACAUGGCCACCUUCCAGUCCUACUUCCAGCCUCUGACCAACAACUUCCUGGCUCGCGUCCGCAACGCCAGCCCCAAGGAGAUCGCCCUGGUUGGUGUCACCGCUGCUGAGGUUAUUGGUUUCUUCACCGUUGGUGAGAUCAUUGGUCGCAUGAACCUGGUCGGCUACCGCGGCGAGGCUGCUUCCCACCACUAA